CCGCGUGGAAGAAGAAGCUCUAGUCGCUGCUGGCUCGGCGCGGUUCGGAGAAAUUUGUGGCGUGCUCUGUGCUUUUGGCGGCAGUAAACUGAGCCAGAUCCGCGAGAUUCUGCUUAAAUCGCUCCGUUCUGAAUCUGCGUAGCGUUUCGAGCCGCGCAGGCGCAAUCUGUGUUACUUUCCGGACUGUUCUGGGAGCUUCCCGGGCCUCUCGCGCCAGGCAGCAUGAGUUACGGCAGGCCUCCGCCGGACGUCGACGGCAUGACUUCCCUCAAAGUGGACAAUCUAACGUACCGGACCUCUCCCGAAGCCCUCCGCCGGGUGUUUGAGAAGUACGGCCGGGUAGGGGACGUCUACAUCCCGCGAGACCGCUACACCAAGGAAAGCCGGGGCUUCGCGUUUGUUCGGUUCCACGACAAACGGGACGCCGAAGACGCGAUGGACGCCAUGGACGGCGCGCUGCUGGACGGGCGGGAGCUGCGGGUCCAGAUGGCCCGGUACGGCAGACCCCCCGACUCCCAUUACGGCGGAGGACGGCGAGGAGGAGGACCGAGCCGGAGGUACAGCGGACGGCGGAGCAGAAGCUGUUCCCCCAGCCCGAGACGCAGGAGACGGAGCAGAUCCCGCAGCAGGAGCCGCACGCCUUCACGAAGCCGGUCCCGCUACAGCAGAUCCAGGUCCCGGUCCUACUCCAGGUCCAAGUCCCGCUCUCCCAGGACCAAGAAGACCAAGGCGCGCUCUCCUUCCAGGUCUAGGUCCCGGUCCAGAUCCAGAUCCAGGUCUAGGUCCAGAAGCCGCACCCCUUCCUCCAAGAGAGGGUCCAGGUCGAGAUCUAAAAGCCAGCCAAAGUCAGCCGCAGAAAAUGGAAAUGAAACCUCGUAGAGUUUCGGUUAAAGACGUGUGACCUCCCGGACCGGCUCCCACGCAAGCACCAGAGUCCAGCUGUGAAAGGUUAUUUUGUCUUCCGUGCUUUGGUUCAUUUCCUUUUUUUUCGCUGAUUUAUUGUGAUUUUGUUUCCUUUUCAUGUCCCGAUUACGGUUUAAAUGGUGUGUUCAGACCUGGAUCUAAAGAUGAAAUGUUCCACUGCUUUCAUGUUAUCAUCUCCUCUCUGGCCUGCAUCACAAAGGUGUCAGAACUGCAACACAGUCACAUGUGUGAACUGAUGAAUU